AUGAUAUCCAAGGCCGAUAAACAAGUUGAGCCAAAAAGCAUCGUGCCACAGGAUCACGAAGAGGACGAUGUAGAAGAAGAUGACGUCGUAGACGAAACUCCAGGCGCUGGAGGUGAGCCAAUCGAAGGUGGUCUCGAAACUAUCAUCACAUGUUAUUCAGAAGAGACCAAGAAAAAGAAGAAGAAGAAGAAAUCUAAAAAGAAAAAGGUGCAACAGUCAGAUCCCCCACGAGUUGGUCUGUCGAAGAUAUUCACGAAUGGUGUCUAUCCAGAGGGGGAGAUUCAGCCCUACAAGGACGACAAUACAUGGAGGACGACGUCCGAAGAGAAGCGCUAUGACGAAAGAAUGGCAAUGGAAGACCCAGAGAUCACGUACCAGAGUAUCCGUCGUGCCGCAGAAGUUCAUCGGCAGGUUCGACAAAGCGCACGGAAACAUAUACGUCCGGGGAUGACUAUGACCGAAAUCGCAAACUUGAUCGAAGAUGGCAGCCGUGCCCUGGUCGAGGAAACCGGACUGGAGUCGGGCAUUGGUUUUCCCACUGGACUCAGCUUGAAUCAUUGUGCUGCUCAUUACACACCAAACGCUGGGGAUACUAAUGUUCUUCAAAGUGGUGAUGUUUUAAAGAUCGAUAUAGGAGUGCACGUAAAAGGACGCAUUGUCGAUUCUGCUUUCACGCUCAAUUUUGAGCCUACUUAUGAUAGGCUCAUUGAAGCAGUGAAGGCUGCUACUGAUACCGGCGUUAGGGAAUCCGGUAUCGACGUGCGCUUGGGCGAAAUCGGAGGUGCUAUCCAAGAGACUAUGGAGUCAUACGAGGUUGAGGUCAACGGGAAAAUAUAUCCAGUCAAGUCGAUAGAAAACCUUAGCGGGCAUUCUAUAGGACUUUACCAGAUACAUGGCGGAAAAUCGGUUCAACUUGUUAAGAACGAUGAUCAAACGAAAAUGGAGGAGGGCGAAUAUUUUGCUAUUGAAACCUUCGGCUCGACAGGUCGUGGACGUGUAGUUGAAAGCGGCGAGUGCUCGCAUUACGCAAAAAUUAUCGACGCUCCCCGCGUCCCCCUAAGACUGACUUCUGCCAAGUCGCUACUCAAGUCAAUCAGCAAUAACUUUGGAACUCUUCCAUUUUGCCGACGGUACUUGGAUCGCGUGGGUGAAAGCAAAUAUCUACUAGCGCUUAACCAUCUUGUGCAACAAGGGAUCGUUCAAGACUACCCACCGCUUUGCGAUGCCAAGGGUUCCAUGACCGCGCAAUUUGAGCACACAAUCCUUCUUCGGCCCACCGUUAAGGAGGUUAUCAGUCGAGGCGAUGACUAUUGAAUAUGUAAGAUACUACUUAUGCACACCAAUUUUAUUUUCGCGGUCGUCAUCUAUCAGGGUCUCCCUAGCCGGUUUUCAGUCCACAGGUAAAUUGUUUGGUAUGAGACCCUUUGAACCGCUUGCGCGGGCGUUACCAGACAUGUCAACUUUUUGUAGCGCUAAGUACAGAUCAGUACAGAUGCGGCCUUUUGUGCUGAUGUGGCAAUUGGCGCUUCCAACGGUCAUCGAGGUCAUCGACAUCGUCAGCAUCAUUGUGUGAUGGAUUACUCAGUCACGUGAUUUCCGAUUCGGACAUUCGUCAUGGAGCACUCGACAAGAGCAGCACCGUUGUCCUUAUAUCAGCACACGUCCAACACACCUCCAGUAC